CUAGAGGUCAUUUUGAAAAAUUAUUACGAAACCUGUGUUUUGCAUGCAUGACAAGGCAAUUCGAGCAAUCCAAGGACUAAGUCAAACUAUGUUUUUUCUUUGGUUAAACAAACCACCACCGCCUGACUGUGACCAGGUGGAGGCCAGAUGGCGCACUUGUAACAAGAAUUGUUUACAACUUUAUGACGGCCGAAUUUAGAGGGAGCGAUCGUCUUUCUUUUCUGUAGCUUUGCCUUUGGAAAAGGAGAGUAAUAGUAUACCCAGUCUUAAUGGGUGGGACCAAGACACACUUUGCCUGUAUAGCUACAGGAAUACUUGUGGCUAUUACCGGAGGUGCUUUGAUACCUGUAAUAUGGAAUGCUGUCAAACACUCCCUCAUGACAAAGCUCAUGGUAUUAGAGCCUUCAUCUCUUGUGUACAACAUCUGGGAGAAACCCCCUUUCAUCAUCUACUGGAGAUUCUACUUCUUUGAUGUUGUAAACUCAGAUGAGGUACUCACAGGUGCUAAAGCAAGUGUGGUGCAAAGAGGUCCCUAUGUAUACAGGCUUGAGAUGCAUCGGCAGAACUUGACGAUAAACAGCAACAAUACAAUCUCCAAUAAGCCGGUGUACAGCUACUUCUUUGAGCCAGAAAUGUCUGUCGGACCAGAGUCUGAUUCCUUCAUGUCUGUCAAUGUUCCCUUUGCUACAAUCGCCCAUCUGUUAGACACUCUUCCAAUAGCAGUCCGAGAAAUCUUAUCUCCCAUUUUUAAAUACGGAUUGAGUGAGCGUCUCUUUAAGAAGUUGACAGUCGAGGAGCUCUUGUGGGGAUACCCGGAUGAACUGUUGAAAAUAGUCAGCAAGUUUGUCACAAUUCCAGGCAUGCCCAACGGAGAAUUUGGCUUCCUUGUUGGGCAAAAUGGAAGUGCCCACGAUGAGUUCACCGUAUUCACAGGUGGGGAUGUGAGGUCCAAAAUCAACCUUAUUGAGAGUUGGAAUGGAAACGAUAAGCUGUCAUGGUGGCAUACCCGCUAUGCAAAUAUGAUCAAUGGCACAGAUGGUGUGAUGUUUCAUUCUUUUGUUACUGAAAAAGACACACUACAUCUGUUUCAACCAAACUUAUGCAGAUCAAUGCCAUUUGUCUUUGACCGUGAAAAAUCCGUCCGUGGUGUACCUCUGACGAGUUUCUACCUCCCUCCGACAGUGUACCAAAACAGUAGUGAUUUCCCUUCAAACGCUGGCUUCUGCGAUGCUAAGACCGAAGCCUGCGGGCCCUCCGGACAGAUGAGAGUUGACAAGUGCAGGUUUGGAGUUCCUACUUCAAUAUCCAACCCACAUUUUCUAUAUGGAGACAAAUCGUUGAUAAAUGGAGUUUACGGCUUGGAUCCAGACCCUGCCAAACAUAAGAACUAUUUUUCGGUGCAACCUAUAUUAGGGGUAACAUUUGAGCUGAAGUUUCGUCUUCAACUGAAUCUGUUCCUAGACAAAGUAGCUGGAAUAAGAGACAUGGAGAGUAUAACGCCAGUUUAUUUCCCGAUGGUGUGGUUUGAGCAGUCGUUCGAAGCCAAUGAUUGGAUGGUGAAUACAUAUUCAAGUAACGUUGGUGUACCUACACUGAUAUGUCAGAUAGCUCAGUACUGCCUGUUAGCCAUUGGUGUCAUUAUUGCUGUGCUAAGUAUAGUAGCCAUCAUCAGGAAAAGAAGUAAAUCCGGUCAUGAGAGACAACCAUUGCUUUCGCCUGAUCAUCAGAUCAACCACACUGGGAAUGUAGAGAGCAUCUAACAGUGUCUAACAAAGAUAUCUUAAAAUAACGUCUGUUCUAGAAUGCAGAAGGUUGUGAUUUUGAAUCCAACUGGAGGUGUAUGAUGACUCAUCGAGAAAGCAUCAAGUAACCUGUUUCAUUAUCAAAAACAUCAAGGCUGUAAAAUGGAUUAGCUUUUUAAAAAACCUUAACCUGUUUUUGUCCAAUAUUUGUAUUAUAAACACUGGGAUUCUUUGGUUCAUGUUGGGAUUGAAUAGCAUCAUUAAAAAACAGCCCAUUACAUAUCAAGCCAUCUUUAAUUCAUUUAAUUUCCUGGUAUUUUUUUGUAGUCAAAGUUUGUUCAAAGUCACCCCAGGGUUUGGGCUGACUUUGAACAGCCGAUUUGAAUACCUGGUUUUCCAAUCAAUACAUCUUUUAGGGAGUAACACUGUUACAUUUGGACAACAAAAUGGGUUUUCUAACUCAAAACAACUUGAACAAAAGCAUGAAAAGCAAAAGGCAAUGAAUAACACAGAAGAACCAUAGUCAUUUUAUAUACUCAAACAUCACCCUAUAGGAAUAUAUAGAAACAUUUUGUGAAAUAUUAAUAAGUAAAAGAUAUUACAUGAAAUAUUAGUUUUACCAUGUUGAGUAAUAAGUCACGCUCGGUCCAAAGCCACCCCUGUUUAGGGUGCUGGAUAAAAAUUGAAAUCAUAUUGUUGUAUUUACUCUAUGCAAUAACCGCAUUAACCAAAUUUGUUAAACUUUCACGAAAUCAUGUUGAAAAUUGUUGAGAUCAUCCUAUGUGUGCUAACUUUUUUUUUUCUGGAAACAAAUAUUUGUGUUUCUUGCCAGUGUGAACUAUGGAAUCAUAUGAUGAUUAAUUUUGAACGAGGACAUUUUUAAUCCUACACUUUAUAUCUAACUAAUAAGAGGAAAACACUUUUUAAAAGUAUUUUCCUGUUUUGGUUUGAUAUCUCAGUGGAAUCUUAGUAGGUUGAACGUCUUACAAUUAAAAUCAAACACCACAUCAUUUUGUGAAGGUGUAAUUUUUAAUGUGCAAAAUGGGUAUAUUAUAUAUAAUAAUUUUUUUACCAAAGAUAAAAGAAAAGAUGUGUUUGGGGGAGGACGAUGUUUCCCCUGCCUAACUGUAUCAUUAUUUGGUAAUUGAUAUUUAUGUGUAUGUUUACAGCCAAGUUGUUUUGUCCGAAAUAGGAGUAGUGUGACCAUUCUAUCUAUACCAAGUAUUUAAACAAUUUAAGAUCUGCACUGCCAGUGAUUUAGUUGGUGAAACAUUUAUUUCACAUGCUUUUGAUCUACAUAUAAAAUAUUCUCUCUCUUGGAAUUUUGUUUAUUUUUAUAAUUUUUGUAUUUUUUAAGUUUAGUAUUUGAUACUAGAUAGCAUUACUUUGUCCCCUGAAAUCGUGAGGUUACAUAAAUGAGUAGAUUUAGAGUCAAUUUAGCACCCCUCUCACCAUCCGUAUCAUCAUCAUCCUAACCUUAGGGGCAGCGGAUAUACCAAUUACAUCUCUGGAACAGCUAUGCAACCCCUUCACAUUAAAAUCUUAAAGAUUCACUGAUUCACUCAUUCAAAAAGUCUCUAAAAACUCACCUCAUGUAGUUCCUCUCACUGAAAUUUCCUUCGAACCCUUCCCUUUUUUCUUCUUUUUUUCUUUCUUUGUUACAGCUUUAUAAGUUUUUGUUAUUGUUAUUAUUACACUUAUUAUUAUUCCAUUGUUGAUUUAAUUCACCAAUAACAAUAGCUUCAUCCUGUCACCAAAUGCUCUAACUCCAUGCAAUUCGGACACUGCCUAAAGGUUGCACCCAAGGCAUGAAGUUUCUAUUUUUAAAAUAGAGCAUGAUGAUGUUUUCAAAAUGGCUGUUUUGAUACUUUUGCAUCAGUGUUUACAUGAAAACAGUGCCUGACUUUCAGUAAAAUUAAGGUAAACAUGUUUAAACUGUUUUUUUUCAAUAUGUUUUUGUAAGCUUAUAAAUGAAACACUUUUAAUUUUGAAGAAUUGAAAGUACAACUGUGAUUUAUCUACCUCAUUCUUAAUUUUGUAAAAUGUUUGAAUUUUAUCACACAAAAUUUGUAAAUCUAAAUCAUGAGUAGAUGAGUGAAUAUUAAAACGUAUGAGAAAGUGAGGCAA